GUGAUAAAUGUGGCUGAAUCACAGAGAGAUUAUGUGUUGCAAAACGAGGCUGCGUUGCUAGGGUACAUUGCAUAGAUACCAAUUUGAAAAAUAUGUGUGCGCUUCGAUGUUCAAGAGGGGCUACGCGAAUGUUUGACAUAUAGACCUUAUAUUAGGCCAACUGCAUAGUUUCAAACCUUGGUCAAGAUGCUGUUGAUUUAAUUUUAGAAGACUGGUUUAGGCUGCAAAGGGCCUAGCUUAGCUAGCCUUCCAAUAAUACAUGGCUACCACUGAAAGCAAAGACAAUGGGAAGCAAGAGCCAUCUGUUUCACGAGAAGUUGUUGAUGCGAUAAAUGCAGCACUGGAAUUAGGUUCGAAGAAGCUUGACUUGUCAAAAAAGUCUAUCGAAAAGAUACCUGAUGAACUGACACAUUUCAUGAAACUCGAGUUUCUCUACCUCGAAGGAAAUUCCCUCAAAUCCUUACCAGAUGGUUUAUUUUCAAAUUUUCCAAAUUUGAAAUGGCUUGAUUUGAGGAACAACAAUUUGUCAAAAUUGCCGGCUAGUGUUGGUGAACUCAGAUCUCUCAGGUCUUUACUUUUGGAAAACAAUAAUCUGAAGAACCUACCAUUGGAACUGGGCUUUGCUAAGUCACUGUCUGGGCUGCAUCUUGCUGGGAAUCCAUUAGAGUAUCCACCGACUAACAUAACUGAACAAGGAACACAGACAAUAAUUGCAUUUUUAAGGGAUGAAUGGCUCAGGAAAAAUCAGAUAUGCGAUGAUGUUGACCUCUCUGAAAUGCGUGAUGCUUUGCAGACAGUUGCCUCAAACAAUCCAAGCUCAAGAAGUACCUCAGAUCGAAGAGUGAAAAGUAGUACACAAGGAAAAAGAGAUCAAGCAAAUGAUCUUGGACCAUCGAAGCCACGCAGAUUUUCCUUAGAAGAGGGAAAGAGCCCUUUUAAUGUUCGUUCGUCGAUAUUUUCUCACCCAUCUGAGGCAAAGAAAAAAACAGAAUGGUCAGCUAUCGAAAAAACACAGGGUGCUGGUUGGAAUUCCAGAAAAUCGUCAAACAGCGGAAGCUCUGUUGAUUCAGGGAAAAAGCGAAGGCAAAAAGCAAGUCAGAAUACCCUAACACAUAAUAUGAAGCGUAUGAGCGCAGGUUUGUUGAAGAAGGAUACCGUUGAAGGGAAAAUUCAAGAAGAAAUGAGAAAGGCAGAAGAGAAAAUCAAGAAUGCAAAAAUAGACGCGGUUAUACAACAAAGAAAAAAUAAACAAGAAAUGGAAGAAUGGAGAAAAGAAGCGAAAAUGCUGCAAAGAGAGAAGAACAGGGCCGCAGUUAGACAAGGACUGAAAUUCGAGCAUGCUCCUCCUCCAUUUGGUACCGCUGACCAAGAAUUUCAGGCAGCUACAAAGCAUGGCCAGCAAGUUUCAGAUGCGUUGCAGAACCUGAGCAAGGCUUCAUUAUUCAAAGCAAAUCGAGACAGAGAGCUUUUCGAUCGCAUAGGGGACCACGUUCGGAAGCUUGAAAUAAACAGAGCUGCAAAUGACAAACUCACUCCUUCGGAAGAAGUCGAGCUAGCUCGUAGAAACUUAGAUCGGGCCCUUAAACUUCGAGAUGAGUUAGAGGAGAAGAAAGCACUUGAGUACAGGCUGAGAGCAUUUACUGCAGAAGACUUUGCUCCCCCGUCACAUGCAUUAGGAAGGAAGUGAAACAGCAAGUUACACAAGCGAUACCCAGAUGCAUCAGAGAUGAACAAUUAUAAAAAUAACGCAUAUCUUUCCUUACUUCAAAGUUUGAGGUGAAUUUUUGAAAUUAUUGUUUUUAAUUUUUGAAUUUCCUAUUCUUGCUUUCUGUAAAAAUGAAUUUUGGAAGCAUCGUUAGAAAUAAAUUAUUCAGAUGUAAUAGGCAUUUUGAUGACGUACAGUGUUUAGGUCUUCACGGUCGCUCCAUACAUUCCAUAAAUCUGGUAAUAGCAACUCUUGAAGAGUUUGGUUUUUUGUUUUUACAUUUUUUUCAAGUGCUUUUAAGAUAUAAGAUAUCAUUUAGGUAUCUACUCUAUGCUAUUUAUGAUGAACUGAAAUAAAACUACAGAAAUUAUAAAAUCAAUAAAAACUACAGCAAAGUAAACAUAUUUAUAGCAAAACCAGUGUGUUAUUUAUUCAUGGAUUUCAUGUGACCUUAAAGGCUCUGAAGAAAAUUUUUAAGUAGUUUGGAAUUUGGGAAAUUGACAUUCUCCAAUAUGCUAUGAAAAUUGUGUUGUUGAAGACAAGCAAAAGAUACAUAAAUACAAAACGGAAUUUAAGAUGUUAUCAUCAGGAAUAUUUUGCUGGUGAAUUCUUUAUAAUAGUCUAUACAAAAGUUUCCUGUGAGAAAAAUGUUACUUUUCGUUAAUUUCUUGUGACCAAUGGUCAUACGGCCACGGGGAAAAUAAAACUCUAAUCAAAACAAAAAUACGAAUUUAGAACACUGUCUCUAUUCUAUUAAAUGCAGACAGGAAUGACGUAUCAUAAUUUCGAUUUGUGUAAAAUAUACCAUAAAAAGGUUCAGAUAAUGAUGUUUUGAACGAUUUUUAUCUCGAAAAGAAAUGUUCAUUGGGUCCUUAAAGAUGCUACGAAGUCAUGUAUAAAAAAUAUAUAGCCAUGGUUUUUGUCAAUGUUAUUAUAAGUGCAAAAAUGACUCUCAAAAGUUUUCUCUUUCUUCAUCGAUGCAAAAAGGUUGAGCAGUGAUGCCAAAACUAGCAUUGAAAAUGAGUUUGAAAAAAGUUGAAGAUCUCCAGCUUUGGUAAUGUGUGAAUUUUUGAACAAAAAAAGGUUAAGAUCAAAAGUAAAUUUAAGAUCAAAAUUAUAAAAAUUUCAGAUUUGAAAGUGUGAAAUCUCUAAGGCAGGAAAAUUUCUAAAACAGCGCCUUGGUGCAUUAUAAGAAAUAGGAAUAAAAGUGCAACAUUCAUGCUAAAGUCAAGAUGCUGUUUCUUAUUAAACGUUUUCUAGCACGUCAAACUUCAAUUAAAAAUAUUGGGCUUGAACAAAAUGCAGCACAUCUUCCCUGUUUUAAAGGCUAGAAAACAACUUUUUCGUACUUCAUCUGGGAAACAGCAAUCAUAAAUGAGCUAAAGUAAUGAAAACAGGUAUCACCAGAGUAUUGUUUAAAAAGGGCAUUAUACCACUGUAUUUUAUUAUAAUUGAUCGAUAACUCAACUCAGGUUUUGUGGGACUUUCAUUUUUGGAAAGAAUGUAAGGCUAUAGCCUUAGAAAGAUUGCCAAAUUUCGAGCACCAGAAUUAUGUUUAAAAACAGCAUUACACCACUGUACAUGAUAAAAAAGGUCUGGAAGUGGGCCAAAAACAUGUAAUUUUCUUAUAAUUGAUCGAUAACUCAAGUUUUGUGGGACUUUCUUCUCUGGUAAAAAUGU